CCCUCCCACUCAGGUUCAGGCUGCUUAUAAAAAAGCUCUUCUCCCCUCUAACAGUGAGGAGCUGCCUUUGGAAGCCCCGGAUCCCCAGCAUGAAGAUCAUCCUCAUCUCCACCUUCCUCGGAUGCCUCGCUUUGGCGCAGGCUGCAUGGUCCGAUCCAAAGAUCAAAUGGUGUUUAAAAUCAGACCAGGAGUUUAGAAAGUGCACUGACCUCGCAAAAAGAGCACCAGAGCUCGCAUGUGUGAAGCGUGACGGAUCUGAGGAAUGCAUCAGAGCUAUCAAGGACGGUGCAGCAGAUGCCAUCACUCUGGAUGGAGGUGACGUCUACAAAGCUGGCCUCAAAAUGUACGACCUUCAUCCCAUCAUUGCAGAAAAAGACGGUGAAGUUUCAGACUCUGACUCCUGUCACUACGCCGUUGCCGUGGUGAAGAAAGGCUCAGGCUUUAAAUUCAGUGAACUCCGAAAUAAGAGGUCGUGCCACACUGGGCUGGGGAAAUCCGCGGGCUGGAACAUUCCCAUCGGCACGCUCCUCUCCACAAAACAGAUCGAAUGGGCGGGUGCUGAAGACAAACCUGUGGAGAAGGCUGUGGCAGAGUUUUUCUCAGCCAGCUGUGUCCCUGGAGCCACUAAAGGAUCCAAACUGUGUCACCUGUGCAAAGGCGACUGCUCACGCUCACAUAAGGAGCCGUACUAUGAUUACGAAGGAGCCUUCCAGUGCCUGAAGGAUGGAGCUGGAGAUGUAGCUUUUGUGAGGCACCUGACUGUCCCGGCUGCUUUGAAGGGUCAGUAUGAGCUGCUGUGUAAAGAUGACACCAGGAAAAGCAUCGAUGAGUAUAAAACCUGCCAUCUGGCCAAAGUCCCCGCCCACGCUGUGGUGAGCCGGAAAGAUCCUGCAUUGGCUGAUCGCAUCUUUAGGCUUCUAGAGCCACUCCAGGAUCGUGGUCUGUUCUCCUCUGGGGGUUACUCAGCUAAAAACCUGAUGUUUACAGACUCUACAAAAAGACUGGUGAAGCUGCCUGAGACCACAGACUCCUUCCUGUAUCUCGGAGCAGAAUAUAUGGCCACUGUCCGCUCUCUGAAGAAAGAGCGGAGCACAGACAGCACUACAGGCAUAAAGUGGUGCACUGUGGGCCACGCUGAGCAAGUCAAGUGCGAUAUAUGGUCGAUCAACAACAUGGACGAGAGAGGCAUUUCCAGGAUCGAGUGCCACAGGGAACAGAGCGUGGAGGACUGCAUCAGAAAAAUCAUGUAUCAUGAGGCUGAUGCCAUGGCCGUCGAUGGAGGACAGGUGUAUACUGCGGGGAAGUGCGGCCUGGUCCCAGCCAUGGUGGAGCAGUAUGAUGAAUCAAAGUGUUUUGCUGAAGGUGAGGCCUCCUCCUACUAUGCGGUGGCUGUAGUGCGUAAAGGCUCUGGAGUGACCUGGGAGACUCUGAAAGGCAAAAAGUCCUGCCACACCGGCAUGGGCCGCACCGCAGGCUGGAACAUCCCCAUGGGCCUCCUCCACCACAGCAGCGGAGAAUGUGACUUCUCUAAGUACUUCAGUCAGAGUUGUGCUCCUGGUGCUGAUCCUAAGUCCAGCCUGUGCGCUCUGUGCAAGGGCAAUGGUAAAUUUUUUGGGAGCGAGGAAGUCAAAUGCAGGGCCAGUGCAGAGGAGCUUUACUACGGCUUCGCUGGAGCCUUUCGCUGUCUGGCUGAGGGUGCUGGUGAUGUGGCCUUUGUUAAGCACACUACUGUAGAGGAAAAUACAGAUGGCAAGGGUCCAGACUGGGUUUCCAGACUGAAAUCAAGAGACUUUGAGCUGAUCUGCCCUGGAGGUUCUGCUCCUGUCUCAGACUUCGUCAGGUGUAACCUUGGCAUGGUUCCAGCUCAUGCUGUUGUAACUCGCCCUGAGUCACGUGGUGAAGUGGUGGCCGUUCUCAAGCGGCAGCAGGCUAAGUUUGGCAGUGAUGCCCCUGAUGACCCGUUCAAGAUGUUCCAGUCAGAGGGUGGCAAAAAUCUGCUCUUUCAGGACUCCACUAAAUGUCUCCAAGAGGUUCCAGCAACAAAGGGGUAUAAGGAAUUCCUGGGCGCGGCCUACGUGGCUGUGAUGGAUUCUCUCCGCCAGUGUUCCAGCAGUGUGCCAGAAUUGGAGAAGGCCUGCGCCUUCCACCCCUGCCAGCAGAAAGCAUAGAGGGUCCAGACUGUUGAGCAACGCCUGCGUACAAACACACCUGUCUGAAGCUGAUUUUAGGCCACUCUCCCACCUCUUACAGCUUUACCUGUCACUCUUUACUCUGACGCUACUGGAACAAUAUUAGUGUUGCUGGUUUUCCGUCCUUUUUCAGAAAGCUGUCUGAAAUAAACACAUUGUUUUAAAAAAGUAUUUUUCACAUUGCUAAAUGCUAUUGAUAGCAUCACUGAAGAUUCAUUAAAACAAUGUAACAUCCC